CAGCAGCUCGGGCGGCGGGAGGAGCGGCUGCGGUCAGGCUACUCGGCUUCGCGAAGGCUCUCGGCGCGCCGCGGCCUUCAGGCACACGGCUCUCGCCCGCCCCGUCGCCACGAUGCCCAAGAGGAAGGUCAUCUCCGCGGAGGGGUCAGUAAAGGAGGAGACUAUGGAAAUCAUGUUAGAGAAAAAGCAAAUUCGAGCGAUUUUCUUAUUUGAGUUCAAAAUGGGUCAUAAAGCAGCAGAGACAACUCGCAACAUCAACAAUGCAUUUGGCCCAGGAACUGCUAAGGAACGUACGGUGCAGUGGUGGUUUAAGAAGUUUCGCAAAGGAGAUGAGAGCCUCGAAGAUGACGAGCGUAGUGCACGGCCAUCAGAAGUUGACAACGACCAAUUAAGAGAAAUCAUUGAUGCCGAGCCUCUUAAAACUACACGAAAAAUUGCCGAAGAACUCAAGGUCAACCAUUCUACAGUCGUUCGGCAUUUGAAGCAAAUUGGAAAGGUGAAAAAGCUCAAUAAGUGGGUGCCUCAUGAGCUGACCGAAAUUCAAAAAAAUCGUCGUUUUGAAGUGUCAUCUUCUCUUAUUCUACGCAACAACAAUGAACCAUUUCUCGAUCGAAUUGUGACAUGCCACGAAAAGUGGAUUUUAUCUGAUAACCAGCGACCACCAGCUCAGAGAUUGGAUCGAGGGAAAACACUGAACUUGUACCAAAAAAAGAUCAUGGUCACUGUUUGGUGGUCUGCUGCCGGUCUUAUCCACUAUAGCUUUCUGAAUCCUGGCGAAACCAUUACAUCUGAGAAGUAUGCUCAACAAAUCAAUGAGAUGCACCAAAAACUACAAUACCUACAGCCAGCAUUGGUCAACAAAAAGGGCCCAGUUCUUCUCCACGACAACACUCGACCACAUGUCGCACAACCAGCCCUUCAGAAGUUUAAUGAAUUGGGCUACGAAGUUUUGCCUCAUCCACCAUAUUCACCUGACCUCUUACCAACAGACUACCACUUCUUCAAGCAUCUCGACAACUUUUUGCAGGGUAAACACUUCCACAACCAGCAGGAUGCAGAAAAUGCUUUCCAAGAAUUUGUUGAAUCCCGAAGCACAGGUUUUUACGCUACAGGAAUAAACGAACUUAUUUCUCGUUGGCAAAAAUGUGUUGAUUGUAAUGGUUCCUAUUUUGACUAA